CGAGUUCCUUAUUUGAGGAUCAUACACCCCACGCCGAGGAACACCCAACACGGAGUCUUUGACUGCACGGCAUUCACCUACAACUUAGUCUCUCAUUCUCUGAUUGCACCGUACUAUACUCAGCGGUAACCAAAACGACCCAGUCAGCAAUCGCAACUCAUACCUACCGCCCAAGAUGACAACACAACCUUCCAUGCUUGAUGUUGAUGUGGAACCGCCGACGUAUGACAACACCGUCAGCGACUCCAGGGCUCAGCUUAGCUGUGGAGAGACACCAACCUUGUUCCUGGACAAAACGACAAUCUUCGCCCAUACCUCGCCACCUCGCGCACUCUAUGAGCUGAGCAACGUCGUGACCGACGCAAAGUCAUUGGUGUACGGGGUUCAGAAAGUGGUGUACAGAGUGUCUUCAGAAGCUGGCAGCGACAAAGUGAGAACGAGAUUAGACCACAUCUACGACUUCACGCAGGACCCGCUCAAGGGACUUGAAAGCUUUAGUAUGCAACUCAACGAUGUCACGGUUAUUCAGGGUCAGAUGAGCUCCAAGAGGACGUAUAAAGAAGUUUACCUCAUGCCCGGCGUCUCUGGGUGGAAGGUGAAGGAUCACUUCAAAGUCGGGGACAGCGCGGUGCACCAGAUGAAGCACCAAGAUGAGAUCCACUGGAAGAACAUGAAGGGAGAGGUUGUCGCUAUUGAGUCAAUUGCGAAACGAGACAAGGAGAAAAAGCUGUUGGGCAUGCCCCAGUUGGAUGUCAUACUUCCCAUGGACCACAAGGAGUUGGACCUAUUGGUAACAAGCUGGAUGGCGAGGCUCUGGAGGCAGUCAGCUGAUGAAACCAAAGACCCCAUGACCUGGAAAGACUUCAAAGAGAUUUCAAAGAUCGCCCUUAGCAGAAACAAGUUGGGAAACACUUGGGCGCUAGGCGGAGCCUAGGGUUGAUCUUAUAGCGCAGACUAUGUGCCUGACGUACCUGAAGUGUUUGCCCAUGCAGCAACGUUAGUGGAUAGGCCACGAGUGGCGUAGAGAUACCCAUGAUUUCGAGCACAGCAGCGAUUAAAUAACGAAAGACUUCUGUAGAUAGAGGUUUCUUGGGGUUUUAUGUCGAUGGCAAUCUGACUUAUGAUGGAAUCUGAGAAUAAUUACUUUCAGUACAAGAGCGGCU